GUAAUCCGUUGCAUGUAUACAGUAGCGGCAUAAAGUAUUUGUUUUACUAUUUUGUUUGUUUUAUGGUUUAUAUUUUGUCUAAGCUGCUAUGGUGUUUUUCACACAUAGUUCAAACUUCUUUCCAGCAUAUCACCGUAUUUAUAUCUCUAGUUUUAGUGGCCGAAAAUAACAAUUCAGCCCUUGAUCAGGGGUUGAAAAGUAAACAUUUCUGUGUGUAUUUGGACGAAAAGUAGACAAUUCAGCAACAUUUGAAACAGCGACAUGAACGUAAAAAACAGAUCUUUUUGGCACGUUUCCCCAUUAUUUCCCUUUUGUUCGCCUUUAUCUCCCCUUUAUUGUUUGGUUGUAGGUAAUCACUUCCUGCAUCAAGUACAGAAAAAUCCGCCUAUAAUUAAAGAUUGUGCCAGAAAAGUGCGGAACUACGCAAUAAAGUGAUCGUGUCAUCUAUGGAAGUAUAGGGAAAGUCCACAGAACUUAUAAUUCUUUUGGUACUUUAAAUUGAGAUCAUGGAAAUAAGGACAAAGCUGAGUAAGUCCCGCAACGGAGAAAAAUGAUCUGCGUAACUUGUCCAAAAUUACGGAUUUUCUUAACGCUUAACUCAUCCCCACGAUACUACUGGUGUAAGGUAGAUUAAACUAACAUCUGUUUUCGGCCCUACAUCUAAACUAAUUGGGUUCGUCGACCGCCUCAUUUAUUUUCUCAAGUCUCAUCAGGUCUCAUGUGUUAGUGUCUGAUAAAAUUCCAACGCGGAUUCCGAAAGCUUUAAUGACCUUCAUUAGCUUCCAUUAUUUUUGGUGCAAACGAAUUCUGUCUUGACUAAAGUAUGAAUAUACUGCCCAGUAGUUCCCUGUGUUCUGCUUUAUGACUAAAACUUGGCCUUUAAAAACAGGACAUUCAAAGGGUAAAUACAGUGUAAAUGUAAAAGUUGAGGACUGAGAGUUGUUUUACAAGUUGUUUUUUUAGUCGAGACAGAAUGUAGGUGGCUUAAUUGUAAAGGUUAUUUAAAAUGACCAUACUUGAUAAGUGGGAUAUUGUUAAUCAACAUGGCUUGUCAUAUAGCAUGUAGUAUAUACUUUGUAAAACAUACACGUCAUUGAGCAACUUGACAUCUACACAACAUUUUUGUCUUAUUUAUUUAGUUUUUGAAUGACAAUUAUGAUCAGACGAAAUAAUCUUGGUCUCUUCCUUUCGAAGAGUUAUUUCAAUUUCGAAGUAUUACUUCUCCAAAAAACUGUUGUUGUUAUACAUGGCGAUGACUUUAUUCAUUUUAUAUUGAAGAACGUAAUUGGUUUUAAAGUUAAUAAUCAUAAUGAGUUCCUUCUUUUCUCAAUGACGGCUUCUAAGUUGAUAAGCCAAGUACAAAUGUGUGACAUUCAACCACUCUUCAUUUUUGAUGGUUGCACUAAAGUUGGACAAAACCAAUCACGCUACAAUGAUCAGAUGUGGUCCAUAAUCAAUCGUUACAAAUCAUCGUUUGUGGAUGUGUUGUCGUUCUUUCAAAUAAAAUACAUGACAUCACUGUAUUCAGCUCAGUCUGAUGCUGCUUCAUUAUCCAUAUAUUUACAUUGUCCGUUUAUAGCAUCCAGUUAUGAUAUUUACUACAUGUUUCCUGCUCAAGCUACUAAAACUGAAGCGAAUAUUAUGCAAGAAUUAAUCUACGUCCCGAUCCAUCUCCUAGAUUUUUUUAGCUGCAAAGAUGAUGCUAUUAUUUUGUCUCAUGUUUUCCACCAAAAGUUUUCUCGUAUUUCGUCAGUUGUACCCCAUUUACGACCUUUAUUAAGUGCACUGUAUGCUGGGCGGUUCGAGGUACGUGCUAAUGUGUGUAAGCAGUUAAAAUAUAGUACGACAGAUUACUCCAACUACCCUAGUCCUCGUUUACAUGAAUGGUUUGUUCUAGUUAACUGGUUGGUAAAAUCAUCCAAUGUAAAUUAUGUUACACUUUAUGAGUAUGUUAUUCAAGCACAUCGUGCUGAAGAACGACAAAGUGUGACUGAGUAUCUUCUGGAUUGUAUUGCGGCUUUUAUGGACAAUGUUCUAGAAAGUGGACUUGAAAUAGCAUCUUACUUUUGUUUAGUAAACUCCAGUUCCAAUGUACCUAAGGGUAGGCUGAUUGAGAUUAGUGAAGAAACUAAUGCUUCAGUAAGCUUACAACAUAUGGAUCGUCUGACCAAUCAACUCAACGCCAAACAGCCAAUAAAGUUCAAUUUUACUCAUGAUUGGCCUCGUAAUUUGACAGAACUGUAUCGAAAGGUUAAACUUUCUCCAGCUAUUAUUGAUGUUUUACACCACUCCAUUAGAAAACCGUUUCUGUCAGUUCAUGCUUACUCCGUCAAUUUACGCCUACUUGUUUACCGAAUUCUUUACGGAGUAGAGCAUUGUGCGGGUGUAAAACUAAAUCCAAAUAUAACUGAGUACACAUGGGUCGGUGAUGAUAUGUUAACCGAGCUCCCUCUCACAAUUAGUCCUCUUCUUAUGAAUUCAAAUAAAAGUAAUUCAGUGGAUGAAAUAGUAAGCAGUCAGUUGAAUAUCCCUCUUCCGCAACACACACCCCAACCUGAUUGGAUUUUUACUUUGGCUGUAACUUUAGCAUUUUGGCAUCAACAACAUAUCAAUAAUACUGACGAAGGCCAUGAACGUCAUUUCGAAAAUUCCCCAAUUGGUUUAGCUAUUGCAACUUGUGUUGUAGUCAAUGUUUUCAAUAUUGAUUUCAUGAGUAGCAAUCUACAUGAACAUUACACACGGUGGAUUGACUUCAUCAGAAACGAAAUAUCACUUGCUUCUGAACGUGCUUCGUCACUAAAUCAGUCUCCAUCAUCUUGUACGAAAUCUGUCACGGAACAAAACUUAUCAAACCUAAUCGCUGUUCAACACAUCUACAACGAAUUGCAAACCGUUGUCUCAUUACUAAACUGUUUAGCAGGGGAUGAGAAUAAGUCUAAAUUAUUUAAUUUUCUGCCUUGUUGGGUUUUGUUUCCUUCUUUUCAUCUAGUAGAUUGUCUUUCUCAUCAUUUAGACAAUCAGUUGCCCUCUAUUCGAUUAAUUCAUGUAACAGGUUACUGGAUACCUCGAUUAUAUUGUGCUAAAAGAUCUAACAAUCUGAUAACUGAUCUUAUCAACAUUUUUAAACGCUUGGUUAAUACUGUUACGCUGCUUUCUGCAUCAUCUUUAUUUAAUCUGAAACCUAGUAGUAUGACUAGGAGAAGUGAACAACGUGCUCCUUUAUCAGAAUUCACUAACACCAUUCCGGUCAAUAAUGUUAACUGUAAUGAUUCGAUGUUUCACAACAUUAAACUGACUUCAGUAUUAUCUGAUGGUAAAAUUAGCAGUGUACUUGGCAAACAUCUGGAUAAACAAGUGAUUGACAGGUUUCUCUGUGAUUUGACUGAGAAACAAAAUGUUGCGUGAUUGUUUCUUUUAACGUGUUUUUCUUUUCCUAUUUUGACUACUUCAUUCACUUUCCAUCCUGCAUAACCUACUUGCAAAUUAUUAGUGCUUGUGAAUAUUUACUGAAAAAUUAACAUCAUUAUGUUUACGAUUGAUGUAUCCAUUACAUAUAAAUUUUCCCACUUAUCAGUGAAUUUAUUAAAGAUUAGUGUUACUACGUUAAGGUUGUAAGUAGCUGACGAGAAACUGUGAAAUAUGAUGAAUUCAUGUUAUUCUGCUACAUUGAUUGUUCUUGCUUUAGUCAUAUAAUGUAACAAUCACAAACUAUGAUUAUCAGCGAAGUCGUUUUGUACAAACGUUUACAUUUGAUUCUUAAUUUCUCCAAAUAUUAGUUUUCUUAUUGUUACUUAUUUGGCAAAAUGAAACUAAUUUUGUAUUUUCUUCCCAUAAUUUUAAAUAACUCGAAAUAUCACUAGUUUUUCUGAGAUUAUUUUGUUAGCGGGAUAUAGAUUGGAUUAAGACAUAUUUUGUGCAGGAUUGUAUUAGGGCGCGCUGAUUGGCUAUUUCCUAACCCAUCGGCACCACUGGGUACUUGGAGAGCGCUCUAGAAUCUUCUCAUGUAAAAACUAUAAAUGUACUAAUGUUUUUCUUAUCGUGAUUCCUACUUCCAUCCAAACCUUGGAAUCCACUGCUCGUGUUCACACGCUCUUUCAAGUACUUCAUGUAAUGCAGUUGCCAGCAGCAUCCCAGGAUUCAACUAUAACCCCGAAAGUGGAAACACCUUUGUCAUGGGGUUCAAUCGUUGGGAAGAUACAUUCAGAAUCUUGAUACAAAAUGCUUGACAUUUAUAUGUGUAAACAGACUAUUUGAAAUAUAUAGCGCAAAUACAUCACAAUUUUCAGAUCAGCUACGUCUUCUCAUUACUUUAUCGAAACUUAUAAAAGGAAAUAAUUGCUUAAAGAAACCAUGGAUCUCCGAUAUAGAUGAUUUUAAAUAUAUCCAUCAGGAAGCAUCAGUUCUCUCAGGUUUACAGGUGCACCUUAAUGACGAGUGCCAAAUAGCACGAAAUCUAGGUCAUGGGUUUCCUGUCGACUACCACCAACCACCCUCUCACCUUAACAUAUUACACGCGACGUUAAGUCACCUAGACUAGUACCC